UGCUCCUCUGCAAGCUUUCUCAAGCCCCAUCACCAUCUUCAGCAUCAACAAUGGUGGCUUCUCGCUGCCUCCUCCUCCUCGCCUCGAUCGCCUCCUUCCUCUCUCUCUCAUCCUCCCAAAUCACACCUGCUGCCCCUCCUUCCUCUGUCAUCUUCCCCGUCGCCAAAGACGAGGCAUCCCGCCAGUACUACACCACCAUCGCCCUCGGCACGCCGCCUUCUCCCGUGAAGGCCGUGCUCGACCUCUCGGGCUCAUACUCAUGGUUCGACUGCGGCGCCGCCCGCUAUGACCCUUCGUCGUCCUCGUCCCACCGCCGCAUCGUCUGCAGCUCCGCCAGAUGCAGGGCCGCCCGCGGCGGCGGCUGCUUUAACGACACUUGCGGCGUGUACGUGCACAACCCACUGACGGAGGUCGUCAUCGGCGCCGGGCUCGGCGAGGACGCGGUGGUGGUGCACCACACCGAUGGGAUCAAGUACACGUCGAGAGGCGUAGUUCAACUUCCAUUCUCUUGCGUGCCUUCGGAGUUCACGCGCGGCACCUCCAGAGCCGGCAAUGGCGUGAUCGCCCUUUCCAUUGCUCCGACCUCGCUCGCUACGAAGCUCUCGGCCGACCUCAACCUCCCCCACAAGCUCGCUCUCUGCCUCCCGUCUUCUUCUUCCUCCUCCGGCCACGGCGACUUCUAUGUCGGCGGCGGCCCAUACUUCAGGCCUCCGAUCAAGCAGGACCUCUCGAAGUCGCUUCUUGUCACUCAGCUGCUCAUCGAUCCCGUCAGCCGACCGCCCUCUCACGGCUCCGCAUCUCCGUCCGACCAGUACUUCGUUGACGUGACCGCCAUCAAGGUCAAUUUUUCUCCGGUCAAUUUCAACGCAUCGUUGUUAUCGAUUGACGAGGACGGAAGAGGCGGGACCAAAAUCAGUACUCUGACUCCGUACACGGUCCUCCACUCGGACAUCUAUAGAGCUCUGGUUGGGGAGUUUUCGAGGCAGGCGGCGGAGAAGAAGAUCAGGAGAGCAGAGCCGAUCGCGCCGUUCGGGGCGUGCUUCGACCUGAGGAGCGUAAGGAGCAGGAUGGCGGGGCCGGACGUGCCGGUGAUAGUGCUGGUGCUCCAGGGCGACGCGCAGUGGAGGAUCGACGGGGCGAAUUCGAUGGUGAGGGUGAGCCAGGAGGCGAUGUGCCUGGGUUUCGUGGAGGGAGGGACGAGUCCGAUGACAGCGAUCGUGAUCGGGGCGCACCAGAUGGAGGACAAUCUGGUGGAGUUCGACAUGGCUGCGAUAGCGUUAAGGUUCAGCAACUCGCUCCUGCUUCGCAACACCAGUUGCUCCCAUUCUUGAGGUUGAGGAUGGAUGUUGCUUCAUUUCCAUGUUAGUUUUCUUGUCUUCAUGCUAGUUUGUCCGAUGAUUCUCAGUCUGGUCAAUGUACUGUUUGAUCACGAAUGUCUGUCUGACUUUGUAGUUUGUUGCAAUUUAUGGACUAAGCACGGAUGAAGAUAAACUGUGUGGGAGUGUAUGA